AUGGAACCGAAUGACCAAAAGAAAAAAAAUCAUAAAAGUGGCUCGCUUAAACGAAAAGAGUAUAACAAAAAACGGCUUAAUGAGAUUGCUUCUAAAUCCAAAAAACUGAAAAAUUAUUUUCCACCAACAGUUUUAAGUCAGAAUUUCACUGAACAACAAAUUAAUCCCGCGUCAAAUGAAAUUGAAUGUAUUUCUGAAAAAUGUGUACCCAAUUCGCCCCUAAAAUCACAAGUUCAUAAUAUAACAUCCAAUAUUGAUUCACAUUCUUUUUCUUCAACUUCUACAUCUAUUUCAACUGAUAUACAAAUUCAUUCUGAUCUGCCACACAUUGAUAUUGUCGAUAAAAUUAAUUUUAACUAUUUUAUAAAGCCUAGUGGAAAACAAAACAUUCAAAGAUUUUUUUCAUUUCAUCCACACCAUCCAGAAAAAAAACAUGAUGGCACCCAAUUACCAUUUAAUACUUCAAAAGCAUAUUAUGUAGCAAUUCCAGGGUCGCAGAAAAAAAUUAAAAGAAAUUGGUUAACUUUUAGUUACGAACAUAAUUCUUUUUUUUGUUCUAUAUGUUUGGUUUAUUCAUCUAAAAAGUCGGUUUUUACAAGUGUUGAGGGUUUUGAAGACUGGGUUCAUGUGUAUGAACGCAUAAAAGAUCACGAAGAGUCAAAAAACCACAGAGAAGCAUCAAAAUGUUAUAUGAGUGAUAAUCGGGGACAAAGUGUAGACGGAUUAUUUAACAGAGUACAGUGGAGUCAAAGAGAGCACGAAGUAAUCAAAAGAAGAAAAGUAGCUGAAUCUAUAAUUGAAAUAGUUAAAGUAAUCGGAAAACAAGGAUUGCCGUUUAGAGGAUUUAGGUAUGAGGCAGCUUAUAAUUUAAAUAAUACAGCAGUUAACCAUGGAAACUUUUUGGAAAUUGUUUUAUUAAUAGCCAAGUCUAAUAUUGAUUUAAAUGAUCACAUUACUAAGGCGAUAGUAGAAAGUGAAAAACGAGCUAAAAGUGGGAAAACGGGUAGAGGAAAUUUGUUUACUUUUUUAAGUCCUACAACUGUAACAAACAUUAUUCAAACUAUUUGUAAAUUAUUAUUAUUAAAAAUAUCAGAAGAAGUAAAUUCAGCUGGUAUUUAUUCAAUUACUAUGGAUUCAACUAUGGAUAUAUCUACCCAUGAUCAAUGUGUAUUUGUUUUGCGGUAUAUUAGUGACAGAACUGAAGGCACCAGGUCUAUAAUUGAAGUUGUGGAACGAGUUGUAGCUUUAAAAAAUGUGAUUUCAUCGUCAGGGCAGGGUUUAUUUAAUUUAUUAAAAUCAACUUUAAAUUCUAUGAACAUUAGCUUAGAUAAUUGUGUAGCAGAUGCUUUUGAUGGUGCUGCCAAUAUGAAUGGUCAAUAUUCAGGAGUUCAAGCAAAACUCAAGGAAGUGUUCCCAAGACAUAUUCAUACAUGGUGCUACGCUCAUGUGUUAAAUCUAGUCUUACAACAAACUACUUCUUGUUCAGUUACAGUUAUUUCUUUUUUUGGACUACUUCAAGAGUUAUUUGUUUUUUUCAAAGAAUCUUAUAAAAGACUCAAUGUUUAUGAAAAUCAGAAUAAUCCCAGUCGUCCGUCUCAUUUAAUUAAUAUUGGUAAAACUCGAUGGCGAUCUAAAAAUGAUGCGGUUAUUAAGAUAUUUGGUCGUAUCGAUAUGUGGAAUGAAAGAACCAAGAAUGAUGAUAGAAAGCAAUUUGUAUAUGUGCAAAUUGUAUUUGCACUUUAUGAAAUUUCUGUUACUAAUGAUUUUUCAAACAGCGUAAGAAGUACAGCUCAAAGUUUACUAGGUCGACUUACCCGUUAUGAAACAAUUAUAUUCAAGCAUGGAGAAAAAAUUGAUGGAACAAUAAAGUCUUUAAAAGAAAACCAAAGAGAAUUUUUACCAGUCAGUACAGGAGCAAAAAUAUUCAUUGAAUUUGUAUCCAGUAUAAUUUGGGAAGAUGAGUCAGACAUUGAUAUAGAAUUAGAGCUUCCUGAAAAGAGAAGAAAAACUAUUCCAAAACGUUCUGGAGAAAAUUCAAGUACUAAUCAAAACAUAAGAGAUGGAGAUACUCCCGAAAAUGUUUAUAAAAUCAAAACAUUUAACGUAGUUAUGGAUAAUAUUAUUGCUUGCUUAGAAUGUAGAUUUUCGGGCAGUAAAGAACUGUAUUGUGAUCUUGAACUAUUCGAUCCAAGAAGGUUUGAAGAAAUUGCGAAAAAUGGAAUUCACUCUGAAGCUCUUCAUAAAAUUUGUGAACUUUUACCUCAUAUCGAUAAACAUAAAUUAGGAGAACAAUUAUCAUCGUUCGUAAAAUUCUGGCCUCAAAUAUCCAAAACUGAUAUUAAAGAUGUAUAUGAUGUGUAUCAAAACCAAAGCAAUUUGCAAGAAGAUUCAGACUUUGAAGAUUUUGAAUACUCUCGGGAAAAUGAUAAUAAUAUGUGUACAAGAAAAAAAAAAUGUAACUCAUGUUUAUUAUGCGUAACAAAUGUAAUUUAUGAAUUCAAUAUGUAUUCUUUAGAGUAUAAUGAAUUAUUUGAAGUAUACAAGUUUCUUUUAACGAUUCCUCUUACUCAAGUAACGUGUGAACGAUCGUUUUCGAAACUUAAAAUUAUAAAAACUCGUUUAAGAAGUUGUUUAACACAGGAGAAUUUAGAAUCAUUGUUUUUGAUGAACUGUGAAAGGGAAUUGUUGGCAGACAUUACACCGGAUCAAGUCAUCGACUUAAUGUGUGAAAAAAGUACAGAAAUGUUAAGAAUGUUGAAAGUUUAG